AUGGAAAACCCAUAUGAACAGGUUCAGCAGAGCAUCUUGGCUCGAAUCGUCAACAACUUAGAACGACUGAACGAGAGCGUUGUUACAUUGAACCACGAGCUGCAAAACAUCAACGCCCGUAACAAAAACCUGCAAUUGAUGGGCCAGAUGUGCGAGAACUAUCACAAGAGCGUCCAGUUCAACAUGACCGCGACUAACCACAAGCGAGGGCCACUAUAA